GAAGUUUGAAGUGGUGGCGGGUCGGAAAGCUGUGCCGUAUGCGGGCAGCAUGGACGUUUCUGAUCCAUCAUCACCGGUGUGCGGCAGUUCGGAUAUCCUCACAGGUGUUACUGCAUAUGUUGAAGUAUGGUCGUCGAACCGGACAGAGAAUUAUUCCAAAACGUUUUCACAGCAGCUGCUGAAUUUGGGAGCAAAAGUGUCCAAGACGUUUAACAAACAGGUUACCCAUGUGGUUUUUAAAGAUGGAAUUCAGGGAACGUGGAAUAAAGCCGUCAAGACUGGUGUAAAAUUAGUGUCUGUCCUUUGGGUGGAAAAGUGCAGAGAAUUGGGUUCCCAUGUUGACGAAUCAUUGUUUCUCCCAAUAAAUACCAAUAACGGAUUGCCCGAUCUGAUUAAAAAGAAACGCAAGUGUAUGCAGCCCAAGGACUUUGUCGAGAAAACACCAGAAAACGACAGACGCCUCCAAAAGAAAUUUGAUAAAAUGUGUAAACAACUAGAUGUGCAAAAAGCAUCAGUUGAUGUUCCUGUUUUGUUAUUUGAUGAAGUAGGGGAAUUAACGUACAGCCCGAAGGCUGUAGCUGAUCGGUGCAGUGCAAUGCAAAAAAGAUUAAGGGAAAUGAAGAAUAAAAGAGAAAAUCUGUCUCCUACAGCCUCUCAAGUAUCAAAAGAUUUUUCUUCACUAAAGCCGUUGCUUGGCAACAGCCCUUCAGUCACGGGAGACUCUUCACAUGACAUUGAUGAUGACCUUAACACCAGUUAUGAUGAACUUUGGGGAAAUGCAACAAAAGGACUGUCUCCUACUGCCUCAAAAGCCAAGAAAAAAUCUGGUUCUAUACUCAACGACGAACAGAUUUUAUCAAAUGCCAGCAGGCAAGUGGUUAAUUUGACUCUACAAAACAAGGAAGAAAUAAAACCAGAAAAAGGUCAGAUGGAUUCACAUACUGAAAAGAAGGGCCGCAAAUCUCUAAAUAAAAUGAAAAUGCUUGAUGGUUCAGUUGAUAGUGAAGGAGAUGUAUUUGAUGAAACACACAGUACAAAGCAAGAAACCUCUGCUGUGACUUACGCCACAUUGGCAAACAGGCUUAUCGCAAAGUGUAAAGGAAAAGCUAAUAAAACCAGGUCUCUUAGCUUAAAAUCAAAAACUAUUCCAAGUGUAUCUUCUGAAAAGGAUAUUUCGCAAGAACUAACUAAACCUAAUAUGAACUCCAACAAGUCUGAUUCGGAGGAAUCAUGUUUUGAAGACUUCUUUGCCUCUAAUUUAAAUAACCAUAAGCAACCUCUCACUAGGUUUUCUUUGGGCACAUUACCACGAAAGUCUCCAAGCCCCCCUCCACUGACCUCCAAAAAAAAGAGGUCGUAUGGUGAAGCUAGACGAUCGACGUUAGAUGUUUUUGAACUAGAUAAUUGCAGCAUUAAGAAGAAAAGGAAAAUUGACCAUACAGAUACCAAUUUCAUCCCUAAAACGCUGACAAGUUCAAAUUCCAAACAAGUGACACAUCAUCUUAUGGAGACUUUGGAUAGUAGUGUUAAAAAUAUAAGUACUCCAAACAAAUGGCGAUCAUCUUAUCUUAGUAGUAAUGAAACAAACCCUGUGAUCAACCAUGUACAGGAAACAGCAUUGACUUUAAGUCGGAAUGAUGCAUUAAAGAAAGCUCCUGAAGUUGCUUGUGUAUCAGACCCUGGAGAAAAUAUCUGUCAUGCUAAAGGACUGGAAGAAGUCAUCCCAUUAGUACCAUGUAAAACAAAAUUGAGGGGGCUUGAGCCUAAAGAAGAAAGGUUAAGUGUGACAAAUGGCACAGUUUUUGAGAAGCACAAAGAAGAUGUGAAAAGAUCCAAUCAAAGUGCUGAUUGUAGAACUUCGGCAUCUGAUAUAAUAGACGGACCGUCUGCAAUGCUUAAUGAACAGAAAAGCGAAUUUAAGAAAACAGACAAAACCAAAAAGAAUACAAGAUCAUUGGUGAUGACAAGCAUGAGCUCCGAGAAACAGAACACUGUGAUCCAAGUGGUCAAAAAAUUUGGAGGUUUCUUCUUUACCAACAAUGUGUGUCGUACCACAACUCACGUCAUUGCCGGAAGUCCACGUAGGACUUUAAAUAUACUCUUGGGCAUUGCAAGAGGUUGUUGGAUAGUUUCUUAUGACUGGGUUCUGUGGUCUUUGGAGCAUGGAAACUGGAUUCCUGAGGAACCCUAUGAACUUUCUGAUCAAUUUCCAGGAGCUCCUAUUUGCCGAUUGCAGCGCCACCUAUCAGCUGGAGAACAUCAGCAGGAUUUGCUCUCUAGCCUUCCUACUUUGUUCAUAUCCCCAAACAGUCAGCCACCAUGCGAUCAACUCUCUGAAAUGGUCCAGCUAUGUGGAGGUAAAGUAUCCAAGACACUGCGCCAUGCCAAGAUCUGUAUUGGAGACUUUAAAGGGAAGAAACCCCCUGACAUGCAGAAUGUGUCCGAAAAAUUUCUACUCGAUUCUGUCACCCAACACAAGCUGCAGUCUCUAGAAAACUACCUAUUGAAUCGAUGAACUUUGCUUUGUGACCCCUCACCCUGGAUACUGGGUCCGAAAAGUGUGGUUCAGCAUUGAAAAUACAUGACCUGAAAAAUGGAAGAACGUGCUGCCAAAUGUACAGAUGAUGUCUGAUGUCUUAAGCCUGUAGGAUUUUAACUGUUUAUUUUGCAUUGUACAUUCUCUUUUUAACUGAAUUCAGAUUUCUUAAAUACCUCUUAAAUAAUAAAUAAUGCUCACGAA